AUGUGCUUCCUGAAGAAGAUGAUGAUAAAAGUUUAAUAUAUGAAAAAAGUGAGCUUACAGAAGAUUCUCUUCUUCAAUCUAUAACACAAAUUCCACUCAAGCCUCAUUGCAAAAGCCCCAUGACACGUGCAGGUUGAUGUGCAAAAGCCCCAUGACGUGACAUCGCCUGCUUGCGAUGCUAAUUUUCAUGGACUGAGUGAGUUGAAUUGGCUGCCCCGGCCAGACAAUCUGAUUGGCAACCCUUCUACAUGGGUCGAACUUAUUUCACUGGAUGAUGCAUCAUCCCCUGCAUCCAAUGUCUUGGGACUUUAUCGCCCAAAUUCAAUGGAGAAAAGUGAGCUUACAGAUUCUCUCAAUCAGGAGUCCCCUCUCUCUUGCUCGCCUGAGUUCAUCACAUUACAUCACGACCCACAAAUUGUGGGAAAGUUGGCAACAUCUGAGGAAACAAGAACAGAUAGUAUGGAAAUUGCAUCUCUCAAUCAUUCAGAAUUUUGAAAGUAGAAAUGUUUCGUGAUAGUGACAAUGAGUCUUCUAAGAGUGAUGAGAAACAUGCAAAUCAUAAGAGUGAUAGUGAGUCCUCUGAUAGUGAUAAGAAAAAUACAGAUCAUAACAGUGACAGUGAAUCCUUUGAAAGUAACGAGGAACGUGAAGUCAAUUUUAAUGCAAAACAAUCUUUCGAGAAGGAAACUUAUAUAGGUACUAAUGAUUUGAAGCAACCUCCAUUGAUUAGCACUACCGCUGCAGAAUGUUCUAAAACUGAUGAGGAGGUUUACAAAUCAGCUAUUAAGAACGUUAGUGAUGGCGUGGAUCAUAGCAGUGCUAGUGAGGCCUCCCAGAUUGAUAAGGAACAAGAAGUCUUCGAUUGUACGGUAGGUCAAUCUUUAAAGAAUGAAAGUGAUCUAGUAGUCAAUGAUUUGAAGCAGUCUUCAGAGAAUGGGAACACCCAUAUCAUCUAUAGUGAGUCCUCUGAGAGCGAUAAAGAACAAGAAAACGUCAAUUUUUCUAUACAACAAUCUUUAGAGAAGGAAACUGAUAUAGGUAUUAAUGAUUUGAAGCAGUGUCCAGUAAUCAGCACAACCGUUGAAGAAUGUUCUAAAACUAAUGAGGGGGUUUAUGAGUAUGCUAUUAAGAACACUAAUGAUGAUAUGGACCAUGACAACAUUAGCGAGUCCUCCGAGAAUGGUAAUGAAUAUGAAAUCUCCAAUUUUGUUACAAGGCAGUCUUUAGAGAAGGAAACUGAUAUAGUUAUUGAGGUGACCUAUGAAUUUGCUAUUAAGAACACUAUUGAUGAUAUGGACCAUGACAACAUUAGCGAGUCCUCCGAGAAUGGUAAUGAAUAUGAAAUCUUCAAUUUUGCUACAAGGCAGUCUUUAGAGAAGGAAACUGAUAUAGUUACUGAGGUGACCUAUGAAUCUGCUAUUAAGAAUACUAAUGAUGAUAUGGACCAUGACAACAUUAGUGAGUUCUCCGAGAAUGGUAAUGAAUAUGAAAUCUUCAAUUUUGCUACAAGGCAGUCUUUAGAGAAGGAAACUGAUAUAGUUACUGAGGUGACCUAUGAAUCUGCUAUUAAGAACACUAAUGAUGAUAUGAAGCAUAGUAAUGUUGAUGAGUCCUUUGAUAAGCAACAAGACGUCUUGAAUUGUGCUACAGGACAACCUUUGGAGACGGAUCCUGAUAUAGUUAGUACUGAUAGAGAGCAAUUUUCAAUGAGCAGGCCUGUUGGACUUGUUAACCAAUCAUCCUCAAAUGAUGAAGGCCACAAUUUUAGCAUUUUUGACGAUGAUUUACAGAAAGAAUCUUCUGUUGAAUUCAACAUAAUUCGGGCAUUGGAUCGGUCGGUGUCGAUGGAAUCUGUUGAAUCACUAGAUGGAAGCAAUGUAAGUGAAAUUGAAGGUGAAAAUAUGGUGGAUAAGUUAAAGCGACAAGUUGAAUAUGAUAAGAAAUGCAUGAAUUAUUUGUAUAAAGAGUUGGAAGAAGAACGAAAUGCUUCUGAGGUUGCCGCAAGUCAAGCGAUGGCCAUGAUUACGAGGUUGCAAGAGGAGAAGGCUGCAAUGAAGAUGGAUUCUCUUCAAUACUUGAGAAUGAUGGAAGAGCAAGCAGAGUACGACGUAGAAGCUCUAGAAAAAGCAAACGAACUCCUGAAUGAAAAGGAGAGAGAAAUUCAAGAAUUAGAAACAGAGCUCGAACACUACAGAUCUAAUUACUUGAUGGACACAAUAGUUGAGUCUGAACAUGAACAAAGUGAUGGAGCAAAUGAAGAAGAUACCAUUGCAGAACACCAUGAAUAUACUGCCAAUUAUUCCUUCAAAUCAACGAUAGCGGAGGCGUCAAAGGGAAGCAACAGAUCGUUGAAUAACCAAACUUCAUCUUUAGAAUUUGAAGAUGAAAAGGUGUACAUCCAGCUAUGUUUGAAGAGGUUGGAGGAUAAGAUCAACAAAAUAUUUGCUAAUAGACUUUUACCAAGGCUUCCUAAUUGCAUAGGUACUGAAGAAGAGGCGAGUCCGGAACAAAUAGGGGAAGGCAGUGAUGAUGAGAGGUCCAUACACAAAAUUACCUGUAAUGGAAGAGUGACAGCAGAAGAAGAGUUUGGGAGUGAACAAAACUUUGGCAAUGUGAAAGUUGAAGUAAGUUGUGGAGACAAAAGAGGGGGGGAGGAGAUUGACUUCCUUUCUCUUGCUAAUAAAAUUUCAGAGCUUACUGGCAGGUUGGAAGCAGUACAAGCUGAUAAUGAUUUUCUGGAGCACUCUCCUAGUUCACUUCGCUAUGGCGAGGAGGGAUUGCAAUUUGCCCACAACAUAGUUCAUCAGCUCCAUGAAUCGUGUAAACUUGGGAUUAGAGUAGAUCCUCAGUCUGCCUCCUAAAUUCUUCCUGCACCAUUAUAUGGUAAGCAUUACUAACAAACACAAAAGCUUGUAUCUGAUGCUAUUGUGAAUGUUUAGAUGCAAGCAGCAGAUAGCAUGAUCCUGUACUGUUUUUGCUAAACCAUUUCUUGGUAUAGUUUCUGCAGAUAUCUUAAAAUGGGAAUCAGCAAUCAGUGCUAACCAUCAUCAUUAAAAAAGGUCAUGGUUCAUCCCUUUUGGCUGGGCUGCAAUGCAUGAGCUUGAGCGUGGACAUGCCAGAUAAGGAUCAGAGUAGAGGAAAAACAAAGGGUAUGGUUGAAAGCCGAGUCUUCCAUCUUGUGGAGCUUUUCAUUUUUGUGAGGGUUAGUGGAUUUUUACUUGUAAGAGAUGACGUCAGUAGAGUGACUCAAUGACACGUCUCAAAAUCUCAUGGGUCUGUUGAGUUUAACCGGUCUUGGUUUGGACUUGUGUCGGUUGCCAAAGUUGAAAAACUUAGCACCAAUUUCCAAUUUUAAUAAUUUUGGACAAUUCUUUAAAA